AUUUUUUUACGUACUAAAAAAUUAUUAUUAUUAUUGUUAUUAUUAUUAUUAUUAGUACUAUAGUAAAUUAUAAAAAUUGAGUAAAUAAUCAUAAAUUUUUCAAGUGGAAAAAUUUGAAAUUUUCUCUUGUGUAAAUAUGUAUAUAUAAUUAUUGUUAUUGUUAUAUUUAUAUAUAUAUAUAUAUAUAUAUAUAUAUAUAUUUCUUUUUAGCUGUCAGUUUUUUGGUUCAAUUGAAAAAGACUUUCAGUGGAACUGGAUAAAUUUUGUUUAGUAAUUAAAUUCUGGAUUACUCAACUGGAAGUAAAAUUAAUAAAUUACGUAUUUAAAAUGCUUAAAGACAUUGAACCAAUUGGCAAUUGUAAUAAUAGUAACAAUAAUAAUAAUGGAACAAGACAGCGGAGAUAUUUUCCACGAUUUUCACUUCGUACUUUAUUGUAUUCGAGUCCUUUGAUAGGCCGGCGUAUUGUCAGGACAUCAAGUUCUAAUAAUCGUAGCAAAGGAAAAGACAGAUCGAGUGACGUCGAAAGAGGGGAAAGUAAAUCGACGACAAACUCAAAUAAUUUUUCACCAAACAGUGAUUUGUAUCGUGCACCCAGUCGUGGGUCUGUAUUGAGUUCAACUGCUGGCAAGAGCUGUGAAAAUGGAUUGAUAGAAUGUCCAUUAUGUCUAGCAGAAUUGCCAGCAGAAGUAUUUCCAUCAAUUCAGUCAUGUCACCACCGCAGUUGCUACGAUUGUUUCCAACAGUAUUUAAAAGUUGAAAUUUCGGAAUCACGAGUCAAUAUUGCUUGCCCAGAAUGCGCUGAGCCACUUCAUCCUAAUGAUAUAAGAAUGAUAUUAAAUGACCAAGUACAGUUAGAAAAAUAUGAAGAUUUCAUGGUCCGGCGAGUGCUCGCGGUCGAACCGGACGCGCGGUGGUGCCCUGCACCCGAUUGCUGUUUUGCGGUUAUCGCGAGCGGAUGCGCGUCAUGCCCAAAAUUACACUGUGAGCGUCCUGGUUGUGAUUAUUACUUUUGUUAUCACUGCAAGGCGCGAUGGCACCCAAAUCAAACCUGCGACGCAGCUCGGGCCCAACGUGCCCAGCAUUAUGACCGUAGCUCCUCAAUGAGUUUCAGCCAAAGCGACUCCCAGCAUCGUGAUGACAUAAAACCGUGUCCGCGAUGCCAAGUUCUGAUCGUCAAGAUGGAGGACGGGAGUUGCAAUCACAUGACCUGCGCAGUAUGUGGCGCAGAAUUUUGUUGGUUAUGUAUGAAAGAGAUAAGCGAUUUGCAUUAUCUAAGUCCGUCGGGUUGUACAUUUUGGGGAAAGAAGCCAUGGUCGAGGAAAAAAAAAAUAUUGUGGCAGCUGGGGACACUUGUUGGGGCACCGGUUGGUAUUGGACUUGUUGCUGGUAUUGCUGUACCUGCGAUGAUUAUUGGAAUCCCAGUGUGGGUCGGCCGUAAACUAUACGCUCGUUACUGCAAUGCAAAUAAACACAGAAGAAACGCAUUUAUCCUAGGUGGCGUCACUGCAUCGAUUUUAGUAUCGCCAGUUCUAGCCGGUUUAGCCGUAGGAAUCGGAGUACCGAUAUUAUUAUUUUACGUUUAUGGUGUUGUACCGGUAUCAUUAUGCCGCAGUGGAGGUUGUGGCGUGUCAACAAAUGGUUCUGGUGUACGUUUCGAUUUCGAUGAUGAGAACGAAUUAAUGGGAGCACUCGGUGUUAGAAAUAUUGGAGAUGCGGCAUCAAUAGAUGUAGCAAGUCAUCGCGGCGGAAACCCAUCGAUUGGCGAAGCCUCAUUGUCACUGGGUAGCGGCAGUCAAUUGGAAAAACUGGGACGCGAAAACGACCGUGAGAGUGCCAGUAAUGUUGCCUUGGCUGGUACCAGCUUAGCUGGAAGUAUCGCCUCCAGCGUUUUACCCGGGGGUCAGCGUCUAGAAGUUCAAGCCGACGUUACUUCGACUCAAAGGUUCAGUUUAUGUAGCGAAACGGCGUCCGCAGCAACAAGUUUAUCUGAAAAAUCAGUUAACGCUUCAAUAGCCGCCGAUGAUGGCGCAGCCUCAACCCGAGCACUCGCUGGCUCCGUUCUUAAUUUCAAGAUGGAGACAACGUCAAUAAAAAAUAGUGAAAAUGAAACAACGAACUCGAUAAAUUCAUCAACGGUACCUAACAUUGAAUCCGCUGGUCAAGCGGCUUCGCUGAGCUCACUUGAGGAAAUAGCUGCGGGUCAUGCGAAACGUGCACGUAGAAGACCUACAUUAGACAGACAGCACAGUGAUUCUAGUAAUUGGACUAUCGGUGGAAGCAGCGGGACAGGGGCAGCUACAGGAAAUGAAGACGGCGGGUCUGAACGUGUUAGAUUUGAUGAUCAUGUCAGUUUUAUUGAAGCUGAUGAUAAAAAUGAAGCCACCUCUGUUACACGUACUGAUAGAUCAAUUAGAAAUAAGAAGAGAAAUAAAGAUUGUGAUGAUAUUGAAGCUCAAAAAAUAUCUAGAAAUUUAUCAAAUGAAGAGUCAGCCGAGUCAUUAGAACUUGAAAUACGUGAUAAAACAAAUGUUGCAGCUCUGCGUAAUAUUUUCUUCCAUAACUCAUCUACAGUAUCCGUCGUAAGUGAUUCAAAUAAACGUUUGCCUGUUAUCGAGGAACCAAGUCCGGCCUCGAAUUCAACCACACCAACAACACCAACACCAACAACGUCAUCAUCAUCGAUCUCAAAUGUCAAUAAUUCAAUUCCAUUAUUAUCUAACGAUAACUUCGGUGAUACUGUUGUGAACAUUGAUAACGAAUUUAAUACUUUUAAUUCCUAAAUUAAUCAAUAAUUAGUGAAUUAUUGAUUACAGGAAGGGGAUAAAUAAUAAUGAUAAUAAAUUUUUUUUUAAUUUUUUUCUUUGAAAGUAAAAAUAAAUUUAAGACUGAAUAUAAAAAUUUUUUGAAAAAAAAUUUCAGGCCGGACUAGAAAAAAAAAUUCUAAAUUUUUUUGUCCUUUGAAU